GCGGAUGAAUGCGCUGCUGGGCUGUUCCCGGCGCAGACCCGCCGCCGCCGCCGCAUGGAGACCGGGCCGCGCUAGCAGGUGCUGCAGGGAACCAGGCAGGGCUGUCCACUGCCUCCUCCCUCCCCACAAGGCCCGGAAACAUCCCCUCCCCAGCACCCAGAUGGCUCGUCAGGACACACCCAAGGACCAGUUUCAUGCUGUGGGAAUCAUCUUCUUCAUCUUGGGUCUGGGCACCCUCCUGCCCUGGAACUUCUUCAUCACAGCCAUCCCGUAUUUCCAGGCCCGGCUCAUUGUGGGGACCAGCUCAACCGUGGGCCUUGAGGGGAACAGCUCUGGGACGCAGCAGGACCCAGCCCGCGAUGAGUUCAACUUCAACAACUGGCUGACGCUGCUCUCACAGCUCCCGCUGCUGCUCUUCACCCUGCUCAACUCCUUCCUCUACCAAUGCAUCCCGGACAAGGUGCGGGUACUCGGCAGCAUGAGUGGCAUCCUCCUCCUCUUCAUCCUCACGGCCGGGCUGGUCAGGGUGGAAAUGCCCCCCCACAGCUUCUUCUCCAUCACCAUAAGCUCUGUAUGGUUCAUUAACUCAUUCUGCGCAGUCUUGCAAGGCAGCCUGUUCGGGCAGCUGGGCAUCCUGCCCCAGGGCUACAGCACUCUCUUCCUGAGCGGCCAGGGCAUGGCCGGGACCUUUGCCACCAGUGCCAUGCUGCUCUCCAUGGCUAGUGGUGCGGAUGCGCAGACGUCUGCCCUGAGCUACUUCAUCACCCCUUGUGUCGGGACCCUGACGUCCAUUGUCUGCUAUCUGGUGCUGCCCCGUAUGGCCUUCUUCCGUCACUACCUGGAGCGGAGUUGGCAGCGUGACCCACACAAUGAGCUGGAGACCAAGGCUGGCCUGCUGGGCCCCGAGGAACAGAGUGGGGACCAGUCGGAGAGGCCUGGGGAGGAGCCACAGGGCCCGGAGAAGCCAAUGCUGGGAAUGGCCAACGGGACGCUCAGGACAUUGGAGGAGAUCAGUGUGGAGAGCUCCGGGAAGGGAGCCUUCGCCCUGCACAAUGGGACAGCCACCAGUGCCCAAAACAGGGGGCCGGGACCAGAGAGACCUUCAGUGUUCAAUGUGCUCCGAAAGAUCUGGUUGCUGGCACUCUGCAUUGUCAUGGUUUUCACUGUCACCCUGUCCGUGUUCCCUGCCAUCACUGCCACCGUCACCAGCACCUCAGAGAGCAAGCAAUGGAGUGAGUUCUUCACCCCUGUUUGCUGCUUCCUAUUGUUCAACAUGAUGGACUGGCUGGGCCGCAGCAUCACCUUAUACUGCCUCUGGGCAAGUGCUGCCACAGGAGAGCGAGCUGGCUGGAGCCAUCAUGACCUUUUUCUUGGCACUAGGGCUGUCGUGUGGGGCUGUGCUCUCCUUCCUCCUCAAGGCCCUGCUGUGAGCUCCCCUCAGAUCCAUCCCUUCAUCUUCAGCAGCUCGUCUGAGUGCACCCCAUCAAACUGGAGGGCUUACAAUGGGAGGGAUGGAGAGGCUUUGCAUAGGAGGGGGGCUGGUACCUCUUGACUUCCUCCUUUUUUUCCAUGGGCAUCAUCUCAGCCUGAUGGGUGUAAAGAUUAGUGUCCUACCCCCCUAGUCUCCUGUUGCAAGGGGUUGCCAUCAGGGGUUGUCCCCGCCCCAGCCCCAUUCUGCUCCCCACCACUGUUCUAUAUGAAUUCCAACAAAGGGAAUGUCUAUAGACUGGUGUGGUGGGGAAGGAAAGGGUUAAUGUAAAGAAGUAUCUGGGGUUUUAAUGUAUUUAUCUGUGGGGCUCCUGGGCUGAUUUUGGCUGGCUCCUGAGCCCAGGUGCGGGGCUGAGCCCCAUGCGCGGUGUCAUGGGCUACACAAAGGGACACCACAGCAUACCACUUUGCCUGGAGAGUCAGACAGAGCCCAGAACUCCUGGGUUCUGUCUCCAACUCCUGCCCCUUCGCCCUGGGGCUGAGGAAGGGGAGGACCGCAAGAGUUGCUGGGGCUUUGCCUCUGCUGUAGAAAUGCACAUCCAAGCCAGAACGUUGGCUGGGCUCUAAAGGGUUAAAUAUCUCCUCUCUCCUGACCCCCACAUGGGUCCUAGCUCCUGGACAGCGGCUACUGCCCUUGAGAAGGAAUAUUGCCUAAUGGGUAGGACAGAAGAUGGGAGCAAGGACACCUGGGUUAUGUCCCCAGCUCUGGGAGGCGCGAGCUGGCCACUUGAUUGUAAAUGCUUUGGGGCAAGGUCUUGUCUGUGCUCUGAAGUGCCUAGUGUGUACUAGGUUAGUGGUUCUUAAACUUCCCUUUCACACAGCAAGCUGCUGAGUGCGACCCCCCACCCCUUAUACAUUAAAAACACUUUAUGUAGUUAACACCAUUAUAGAUGCUGGAGGUGGAGGCUGAGAGCUCACGACCCGCCCCCAUGUAAUAACCUCACGACGACCCCCAGUUUGAGAACCCCCACCCUGCCUUAGGUGCUAGAUAAAUGAUAGUAGUUAGAGUUGGUGCGGCUGAGAGCCAGGACUCCUGGGUUCUACUCUUGGCUUGGGGAGGGGCUGAGAGCCGGUCACUUUAGGGGAAACUGAUGCACAUUCUGUCCCUUAGUGGAAGGUGCUGAAGGACAAUAAUCUCAUGGACUGGAUAAGGGGCUUCCCUCCUCAACCCCUGCUGGCCCCAGUUCUUGAGCCUGCCAGCCAGGUCUCCAUUAGCACCCCCAGGGCUGGCACAUCCCCUCCCGGCAGUGCCCUGAGAAGGGAAAAGAAACCUCUUUUGUUAUUAACUCUCUAGUGUGUCAAGGGUUAAUUUCUCCACUGGAACCUCCAUCCCUUUGUGUCUCCCCCAGAUUCUUCUCUCCACCUUUAGGACCUUAUGGUGGUUAGAUCCGCGAGCCAAAGGAGUGAUUCCUCUAGCAGGCCUCAGUAGCCAUGGCCCAGCUGCUAGUAGGCAGUUUUGUGCUACUGGAAGAGCUCGUGGGCAGGUCUGGCGACUCAGCAGACCUGGCUUUGGUUCCCUGCUGUGCCCUGGAUUCCCUGUGUGACCUUGAGCAUGUCCCUUAGCCUCUCUGUGCUUCAGUUUCCCCAUCUGUACAAUGGAGACAUUAGCACUGCCCUGGCCUCCCUAGUGCACGAAGACAUAUUCAGUUCAUUUUGCGAAGCACCCAGAUAUCAUGGUGGCAGGAGCUAUAGAAAUCCCCGUGAAAGAGAGAAGGACAUGGUGGCAUUUUUCUCCUUUGGCUUUAUUGUGUGCGUGGGGCUGGGGGUGGGGGGCUGUUUUAUUGUAUUUCAUUGCCUGCUUUUGGCUCUUUUUAAUAAGUUUGAUUUUCAUUUUUUCAAUAAAAGUAUUCUGAGUUUUUUUUAGAA